AGCGCUUCGCCCUCCCUCCUCCUAAUAUUGUUUUUUAGGUCUCUGGCAACCUUCUGAUCUCCCAUGGCUACUGCUACUGCCUCCAUGGACGUGGAAGCUGGGCAAGGGGGAAACGGUCAGAAGAAGGGAUUCUACCAAGAUCUGCUCCUUGCCUACAAGACUCUGGGCGUCGUAUUCGGUGGCCUCGUCACCUCCCCUCUCUACGUUUACCCUUCCAUGAACCUGACAAACCCAACCGAAGAGGACUACCUGGGAAUCUACAGCAUCAUGUUCUGGACCCUGACACUGAUCGGCGUCGUCAAGUACAUCUGCAUCGCCCUCAACGCCGACGACCACGGUGAAGGCGGCACAUUUGCCAUGUACUCCCUGCUGUGCCAGCACGCCAACAUCGGCAUCCUCCCGUCCAAGAAGAUAUACACUGAGGAGGAGCAGGGUCUGCAGGUCCCGGCUCGACCCGUCGUGGUCGGGAGGCCUAGCAAGCUGAGAAGGUUCAUCGAGCGGAGCAUUACGGCGAAAAGGUUGCUGCUGCUCACGGCGAUCCUGGGCAUGUGCAUGCUCAUCGGAGACGGCAUCCUCACGCCGGCCAUCUCGGUCCUGUCAGCAAUUGACGGACUCAGAGGGCCUUUCCCGUCCGUCAGCAAACCGACUGUUGAGGCUCUGUCAGCAGGAAUCCUGAUCAGUCUGUUCCUGCUGCAAAAGUACGGCACGUCCAAGGUGAGCUUCAUGUUCUCGCCGAUCAUGGCGGCGUGGACGUUCACCACCCCGAUCAUCGGCGUGUACAGCAUCUGGCGCUACUACCCUGGCAUCUUCAAGGCCAUGUCGCCGCACUACAUCGUGCACUUCUUCGUGACCAACCAGAAGCGGGGCUGGCAGCUGCUCGGCGGCACCGUGCUGUGCAUCACGGGCGCCGAGGCCAUGUUCGCCGACCUCGGGCACUUCAGCAAGCGUUCCAUCCAGAUCGCGUUCCUCUCCAGCAUCUACCCGUCGCUGGUGCUCACCUACGCCGGGCAGACGGCGUACCUGAUCAACCACGCCGACGACUUCGGCGACGGGUUCUACAAGUUCGUGCCGCGCCCCGUGUACUGGCCCAUGUUCGUCGUCGCGACGCUGGCGGCGAUCGUGGCGAGCCAGUCGCUCAUCUCCGCCACCUUCUCCGUGGUCAAGCAGUCGGUGGCGCUGGACUACUUCCCGCGCGUCCGGGUGGUGCACACCUCCGGCGACAAGGAAGGGGAGGUCUACUCCCCGGAGACCAACUACGUGCUGAUGCUGCUGUGCGUGGGCGCCAUCGUCGGCUUCGGCGACGGCAAGGACAUCGGCAACGCGUUCGGCGUGGUGGUCAUCCUCGUCAUGCUCAUCACCACCGUCCUGCUCGCGCUCGUCAUGCUCAUCAUCUGGGGCACGCACGUCCUGCUGGUGGCGCUCUACUUCGUGCCUUUCCUCAUCCUCGAGGGCACCUACGUGAGCGCGGUGUGCACCAAGGUCAUGAAGGGCGGCUGGCUGCCCUUCGCCAUCUCGCUCGUCCUCGCGCUCGUCAUGUUCACCUGGUACUACGGCCGGCAGCGGAAGGCGGAGUACGAGAUGGCCAACAAGGUGACGCCGGAGCGGCUGGGCGAGCUGCUCGCCGGGCCCGACGUGCGCCGCGUCCCGGGGCUCUGCUUCUUCUACAGCAACAUGCAGGAGGAGUGGCGGUGGCUCACGCCGGUGCUGGCGCACUACAUCAAGAACAUGCGGUCGCUGCACAGGGUCACCGUCUUCGUCACGCUCCGCUACCUGCUGGUGGCCAAGGUGGACGCCAAGAGCCGCGUCGCCGUCCGGCGGUUGGGUCCCCGUGGGGUGUACGGCUGCACGAUCCACUACGGGUACGCCGACCCGCUGGACGAGGAGGAGGGGGACGGCCUCGCGGGGCAGGUGGUGCGGGCGGUGCGCGAGCACAUCGAGCGGGAGGCGGCGGCGGCGGAUGAGGAGGAGGUCGAGGAGGAGGCGGCGCAGCUGGAGGAGGCGCGCGCGGCCGGGGUGGUGCACGUCAGGGGCAAGACGAGGUUCCAUGUGGGCAGGGACACGGGCUUCUUCGACCGCGUGCUGCUCGGCUUCUACGAGUUCCUGCACACCGCCUGCCGCUCCGCGCUGCCGGCGCUCGGCAUCCCGCUGCAGCAGCGCGUCGAGAUCGGCAUGCUCUACAAGGCCUGACGCCAGCCAUGCACCUGCGGCUGUCGCUGUUGCAGACUUGCAGGUGUGGGUGGCUUAAAGAUUGAAGUUGCUUGAUAUAGUAGCAAGUGAAUCUAUGUGUCAAGGAUGGAAUAAAGUCUCUGGUGGUGGUGUGGAAGAUAACGGUAAUAUAGACAGGGCGUGUUGAACACCCUACCUACUA